UGUUGUCUUUCUACCGAUUCCGUUUUGUGCUUACCGUAUGAAUGUUCCGAAGUUAAUGCUUGAAAUGUCGUUGAAUUCAGAGUGAUUUUUUCAGGGUUUUUGGAACAAAUUGUUCAUCCUGCAUCAAGUAUAGUCCAGUGAUCAUUUGGGCGUAUAUUUUUUGGAUUUCAUUAUGGAUCGAGAUUGUCCAGCAUAUUUGACUGUUGGUACUGAUGUCAGUGCCAAGUACAGAGGUGCAUUUUGCGAAGCCAAAGUUAAAACUGCUUCAAAGCAUGUAAAGUGUAAAAUCAGUUUCAAGGGCUUCUCUUCAGCCAUUGUCAGUGAUGAGUUUGUGAAUGGUCAAUUGAAGAUUGGUGCAGCAGUACAUGCAAAGCACCCAGAACAGGGUACGUACCAAGAAGGUGUCAUCUUAAAGCUUACAGAUGCAAGCACUUACACAGUUGUUUUUGAUGAUGGAGAUGAGAAGACGCUACGAAGAUCAUCACUUUGCCUUCAAGGGGAAAGACACUUUAAUGAAAGUGAGACUCUUGAUCAUCUACCCUUGACAGACCCAGAGAAUUUUGGAACCCCUGUUGUCCGAGAUGCAAAGAAAAGAAAGAAAAGAAAACCCAGUAUUCGAUCCUUAGAAAGUGAUGAUGAGGAAUCACGUAGUGGUGUUUCAACCAGUGCAAAGAAGCGAACUUCCAAAGAUCGAGGUUCAGAGGAUAUCGGAAAAGUUGUCAUUGUUGACAUUAAUGAAAAGAGGAAAAAUAGCUGGUUUCCUGCUCUGGUUGUUCAUCCUAAGAGAACAAAAGAGGUGACAUCGAAAAAUAAUAACCUGAUAGUGAAGUCCUUUAGAGACAACAAAAUUCAUAAUAUUGCCAAGAAUAGCACGAAAGCCUUCACAACAAAAGACCAUGUGUACAAAGGUGACAACAACAGCUUAAGAGCAGCUGUCAAUAAGGCUGUGUCGUACAUUGAGACCGGUAAUCUACCAACUAAUUGGGAUAGUAGCAUUAUUAAAGAGGAGGACUUCCUUUUUGAAUCCGACGAAGAUAUAGACAGUGAGGAUGAGAGUGAUGAUGACUUUGACGUCGAAACUGAUGCUUGGUUAGCAUCCCUUUACAAAUUUAUGGAAGAGAGAGGUACACCGAUUAAUAAGCCACCAGUGUUAGGUUAUCAGGAUCUGAACCUGUUCAAAUUGUACAAGUUAGUCCAGGACAUGGGUGGGUGCCGAAAGGUGACUGACCAUCAAAAGUGGCGGGAGAUAUCGUUUAAGAUGGGCAUACCAGUCAUCAAUUCAUCCAGUCAUCAUAACAUCAAAGGUUCCUACAUAAAAUAUUUACAUGCAUUUGAAGAAUAUAAUCGAAAGCUUGGCCCAGGUCUCCCGGGCCCAUUAACCAGAACAACAAGAAGGCGCUCAUCAUUUGAACGUCCUACACUUUCUCCCAUUCGUCCACGCAUGUCAAGAAUGGCAGAUGAGGAUGGAGAAAGCGAUAAUGAGAGAGAGCCUCCUAUGCUAAAGAGAAGAGGUACAAUUGCUGAACUAGAUGAAACAGAGGAUGUAAAUGAAAAGCCUGCAAAAAAAUCUGAUAGACAGAACAAGAAAGAUGACAAACAAAAGGCAAAGGAUGUCAAAAAGGAAGAAUUGUAUAAGGAUGAGGAUCCUGAAGAAGUAGUAGAAAAACCUGGUAAAAGUAAAGGAAAUGAACAUAAACCAGAAUCAAAGGUUAAAAACAAAGACUCUGUCAAGGCGGAAGCUAAGGACAAGCAAAUUCCACAUGUUAAUGAAAGCAUUGAAAACCAAACCCAAGAGACCGAUACAGAUUAUCAACUUGGUGAAAAGAUCAAGGUUCUCUAUGGUAGAGGAAGAACUCAAAAGGUUUAUGAAGCAAAAAUAAUCGAGAUUGAUGUAGAAGCACACUGGCAGAGGAUGUAUCGAGUUCAUUAUGUUGGUUGGAAUAUACGACAUGAUGAGUGGAUUGGCAACAACAGAAUUGUUGGUUCUGAUGAGAGAGUAAAAUUAAGGAAAAAACAAAAACAGGAUAAAGAAAAGGAAAAGGAAAAGAAGUUAAAAGAAAAAGAAAAGAAAGAGAGAGAAGAAAAGGAAAGACUACAGCGUGAAGAGAAAGAAAGAAUACAGAAAGAACAAGAAAAACUUUUAAAAGAGAAAAAGGAAAAAGAAAAGCAGGAAAAAGAGAGGCUGGACAAAGAAAGAAUAAAAAAAGAGAAGGAAAAACUAGAAAAGGAAAGGAAAGAAAAAAAUGAAAGAGAAGCUCGUGAAAAAGAACGGCUAGAAAAGGAGCAGGAAAAGUUGGAAAAAGAGCGAAAAAGGAAAGAAAAAGAGAAAGCUGAACAAGAAAAAAAGGAAAAAGAAGAGGAACGACAGCGGCAGAAGGAGGUUGAAAUUGCCGAGAGUCUAGAAAGCAAGAAAAAAGAAAAGAAAGAUGAGAGGCCAAAAGCAAAAUCAAAGACAAAAACGAAAGAAGAUCCAGAAGUAUUGUCUACAGAAAAAAGUGACAAAGAGGACCAAACUGAAAAAGGUGAUGUAGAGAGGCCUAAGACUCCUGGUAAACGAGGAAGACCAUCACUUAAGUCCAACACUUCUCCAGCCAUUAGUCGUAGUAAUAGUACAACACGUAAAGUACCUUCACCAGUUUCAUCAAAAUCAACGAGAACACGUCGGUCAGAUCGAAACAGUUUAAGUGACUCGCCAUUUGCAGCUGGUCUUGAAGUCAAGCCAAGAACACGAAGAAGCUCGAUACACUCUGAUACGAAACUCAAGCAAGAGGAAGAUUCUGAAAGUGAAAGUUCAAAUUCAGUGAAAGACGAGGAGGAAAAAACAGAAGAAACAAAGGAGCCAGAAGAAGAGGAGGAAGAAGCACCUGCGAAAGAAAUUGAGGUCACUGAAAUGCAAGUAGAUGAAAAAGAAGAACAAGAAGUUAAACAAGUGAAAAAUGAACCUAUCGAGGAGAAGGUAGAAAUAAAGGAAGAAAUUUUACCAAUUGAAGUCCCUGUAGUCGAGGAGGCAGUUUUACCAGAACAGAAAGAGGUAGAAGAACCAGUCGAAGUUACUGCACCAAAGGCAAAAGAAAAAAAGAGGGAGAAGAAAGAUGGAAAAACAAGAAAGAAAAAGGAAGGGAAAGGAAAGAAAGAUAAAAAAGAUCAGAUAAUAGAACAGUCAGAAGAUAAUGUAUCUACCACUGCUCAAUUAGAAUCAAAUAUAAUCAAUCAAAACAGUGUAGAAAAUGUAAAAGAAAUAAAAGAAGAGGAGAAGAAAGUUAUGAAUAAACUGGAAAAUGAAGAGGAACGUCCUAAAAAAGAUUCAAAGUCAGAAGGCAAGAAAUCUAGGAAGCGUAGACGAUCAAAGAGUUCAUUAGAUAGGAAAUUGAAAGCAAGUACAGAAGUUGAAAGUAAAGAUAAAGAAAAUGAUGUGGAGGCUAAAAGGUUGUCUAUUUCAAUUAACUGCUCCAAGGAAGAAGCAGGAGCUGCUGCCUUAAUGGACAUUUACAACCCUAGCCAAAGUGCUUCAGCUCAAGAGAAGUUAGAAAGCAUGGCGCAAACCAGUAAGUCAUUAACACCUCCCACUACUCCAGAAAAUUCACCGCCAAACCCAUCUUCCCCAGCAGAUCAGUCAAUGGAUAUAGAUAUGAGGCAGGAAGAACCAAGCAAUAGGAGUGAUAGUGAUGGAGUUAUUGAUGUUGCAAGUGUUACAGAUGUCCAACCCAUUGGCAAUCACUCUCCACAUUGUGAUGCCAGUAUUAGCUCCAACACUAGUGUAGAUAGCAGCAUGAAUGGUAUUGGCCAAGAGAAGCGCUCAGGAAGUUCAAAGAAACGGCGUCGCACCAUUUCAGAGGGGGACACACCUAGUAAGAGGAAGAGACGCAGUCAUAAACAUUCCAGCCAUCAUGAAAAGAAGAAGCGGCACAGUAAAGAGCCAAUAAGACACAGCAGCAGUGACACCGAUGAUACCACAAAUAAUGAUUUAAAAGCAACGGCACAAAAGAUACCUGUCUCUAAAACUGCAGAGCAGAAUGGCAAGCCUGUACAACGACCAGGCCGGACACCAAAGUACAAUUUCAGAGUCGAUUUGUCCAAUGUACAUGAUCAAGAAGAAAGAAUAGCAAUUAUCCAACAUCAACUGAAUGAAAUGCGUAAAAUUUAUCUGAGCCUUAAGAAUGAAGUUGCGAGCAUUGAUCGAAGAAGGAAGAAGCUAAGGAGGAAAGAGAGGGAAGGAAGAGGUAAAGUUGCUGCUGCUGCCACGAUAUCAUCAGACCGACGGACAUCAGACCGACAUGGCAAUGAUACUUCAUGACCCUGCUGACCAAUCACAAGCAAUUCCUUGCCAUCUUUCGCCUUCCAUCAAUGUAGUAGGCAAAUUGGUUUACAUGUAUAAAGUGCAUUUUGUGGCCAUAUUUUGUAUUCAAUAAAAUUAUGUACUGUAGAUGUUUUUUAUUCAUGUGAAUAUUGGUCAGUCAGUAAUAGAAAUGUGUACACCUUGCCUCCGUUCAGGUAUAUUACACAUUGUUGUGAUCAUGUAAAAAGUAUUAGUAUACGUAUUUGAGCUCAAAAUUUUGGUCUCAAUGCAAAUACCAUUGUGUGCAUUCAUGUACAUAGAUAAGUAUUCCAGUUGCUAAUGUUGGAGAAGAAAUAGAAUGUAUCUUUUUAAACAAUUGAGGUAUUGAAUAUCUUCAGUAAAGUAAGUGUUUGCAAUUUCUGGAUGAGGUUUGUAACCUAAAUUCUUCAUCUAAUCUUCUCAAUUGAAGUUGUCUUCUUGAUUGAAGUUGUUCUUUUAACAGAAAGUGUUCUGCCAGUUUUAAGAGCACUGUUUAAAUACAGCUCCUGGUUACCUUCAAUUAAAAUUGUCUAAAGCUUUGUCCAGACUGCUGUCACAAUGUGCCUAUAUAUGGACAUGAUGUGCCUAUAUAUGGUUAGUGUGCCUAUAUAUGGUCAUGAUGUACCUAUAUAUGGUCAUGAUGUGCCU